UGGCGGUCCAGCACCAUGUCCCUGCCGUACGGGACGGAGGAUGCACCCCUCGCCGGGAGUUACGGCGCGGCGGAUUCUUUUCCAAAGGACUUCGGCUACGGUGUGGAGGAGGAGGAAGAGGAGGCGGCAGCCGCGGGCGGCGGAGUUGGGGCCGGGGCCGGCGGAGGCUGUGGCCCGGGGGGCGCUGACAGCUCCAAGCCAAGGAUCCUACUCAUGGGGCUCCGGCGCAGUGGCAAGUCUUCCAUCCAGAAGGUGGUAUUUCAUAAAAUGUCACCCAAUGAGACCCUCUUUUUGGAAAGUACCAACAAGAUUUAUAAAGAUGACAUCUCCAAUAGCUCCUUUGUGAAUUUCCAGAUAUGGGAUUUUCCUGGACAAAUGGACUUUUUUGACCCAACAUUUGAUUAUGAGAUGAUCUUCAGGGGAACAGGAGCGUUGAUAUAUGUCAUUGAUGCACAGGAUGACUACAUGGAAGCUUUAACAAGACUUCACAUUACCGUUUCUAAAGCCUACAAAGUGAACCCAGACAUGAAUUUUGAGGUUUUUAUUCACAAAGUUGAUGGUCUUUCUGAUGAUCACAAAAUAGAAACACAGAGGGACAUUCAUCAAAGGGCCAAUGAUGAUCUUGCAGAUGCUGGACUAGAAAAACUUCAUCUUAGCUUUUAUUUGACUAGUAUCUAUGACCAUUCAAUAUUUGAAGCGUUUAGUAAGGUGGUACAGAAACUCAUUCCACAACUGCCGACCUUGGAAAACCUAUUAAAUAUCUUUAUAUCAAAUUCAGGUAUUGAAAAAGCUUUUCUCUUCGAUGUUGUCAGCAAAAUCUACAUUGCAACAGACAGUUCCCCUGUGGAUAUGCAAUCUUAUGAACUUUGCUGUGACAUGAUUGAUGUUGUAAUUGAUGUAUCUUGUAUAUAUGGGUUAAAGGAAGAUGGAAGUGGAAGUGCUUAUGACAAAGAAUCUAUGGCAAUUAUCAAGUUGAAUAAUACAACUGUCCUUUAUUUAAAAGAAGUGACUAAAUUUUUGGCACUGGUCUGCAUUCUUAGGGAAGAAAGCUUUGAACGAAAAGGUUUAAUAGACUACAACUUCCACUGUUUCCGAAAAGCUAUUCAUGAGGUUUUUGAGGUGGGUGUAACCUCCCAUAGGAGCUGCAGCCACCAGACAAGUGCCCCGAGCCUGAAAGCACUGGCCCACAACGGCACGCCAAGAAAUGCCAUCUAGCCUGAGACCCAGCGGCUUGGGCUCGGGGCCACAUUGCGCUCUCCUCCAGGCUCAGAUGUCACAUGCUCCAGGACACGGGAGCUGUUGCAUGUGGAAACCUGGUGACUAUCCCACUAGAGACAAAGGGUAGAGUUUCUCAUUUGGAUGAAAACCCCUUCAAACAGUGGUGUACAACUGAAGCUACGAUUUCUUUUUU